GGACAGAGAGCGCCUGCGCGGACGGCGGUUGGGUUUAGUCAAGUGUGGAAAACUAGGUCUCGGGGGUCUACCCUGAGCAGGUACGCGAAAAGGAGGGGAGACGCGGAAUCGAUACCACGACCUCCCAAGGAACUGAAGAGCUUUGGUCCAGGCCCUGGAUGGCUGGUCUCCAGUUGGCCCCACAUCUGCCUGUGGGCGUUAUGUUCCCACAUAAUAAAACAGAAGCGCCUGGGCUCCACUCAGCUAAGCACCAAGGUGACUCUUCCCAGCGGUCCUCGGUGGGACACUUGAGGAACAAUUUCCAGCAGAAGCUUUGGAGCAACACAGAGCUGGGGCAGGAGGAGGACGUGUCCACGGUCUCCAAAAGGAAAAUCUGCAAAGAAUCCCGGAGGCACUCCUGUCCCCAAAAUGCCAGGAUCAGCCAGCAAAGCCCAGGAAGCAAUCCCCAGGGCCAAGGAAAGGCUUUGUUCUCCUUGUCAAGCUUUCAACCCCGGUAUCACAAAACAAAUGACCAGGACUUCGUUCCCUUUAGGAAGAAGCAAGUUGGCGUGGACAGGGCGUACCCACUGAAACCCAUGGUUCACCGGAAGUGUCAUAGUACAGGCGAGGCAGGCACCGAUGGAGACCAGAAUGUCUCCCCGAGACUCGCUGAGUUUUCAGACGACGACUUUGGUUUGAGGAGCUGGGUAAAUUCAUCUGUUCUUGCCUCUGUGCAGGCAGAGAAGGUCAUGGCAGACCUCCACAGGUCUGAGUGGACGCAGAUCCUAAGACUAGAAGCUGCAGGGGAGACUUUACAGAGGGAAAUCCGAAGGAAGGAGACCCUCCUGAGAGAGAAGCUGAAGAAGACCGAGGAGGGUCUCCGAAGGAUUCAGGAGAAGAAACAGGCCCAGCAAAAUAAAGACAAAGAGCUACCAAGAGUGAUACCACCUGCUGAGAGAGUUAGAGAAAGUGGCAGCAACACACCCGGCUUAUCCCCCGGGUUCUGUUCUGAGGUGCUCAGUAGAAACAGGGGAGAGGCUCAGCCUUGUGAGCGGGCUCAGGAAAACUCCAGUCCACUCCAGUUCUCUGAUUAUGAAAUCCAGAGGCUCAAAAGGGAAAGGCUGAUGGCCAGCAACAGCAAGAUCCGGGACUCAGGGCCACCCACAGACGAGUUCUCGAAACCUUCGGAAGAGCUGGGUAGCGCACUGCAGGCAUCAAGCCUGUCGGGGACGCCAGGCUCAUCAGGGUCCUGCUCUUCCACAGACGAGCCAGAGCUGGGCAACUGCAACUACUGUGGACGCACAUUUCUUUGGCUCAGGCUGCAGAGACACUCGGCCGUCUGUGGCAGGGUGCAAGGGUCCAGGAGGAAAGUGUUUGACUCCUGCAGGGCCCGGGCUAAGGGCACGGAACUAGAGCAGUACUUGAACUGGAAGGGGCCAGCCACAGCCAAGACUGAACCUCCUCGGAAGAGCACCUGGAGACAGAAGCAUGAGUCUUUUAUCCGCACCCUCCGCCACGCUCGACAGGUCCAGCAGGCCAUCGCCAGGGGUGGGAACCCCUCAGACUUGCCUCCCGUCCUGCCAGCAGAAAACCCAGACUAUGUCCAGUGUCCUCACUGCAGCCGCCACUUUGCUCCCAAGGUGGCUGAACGACACAUACCUAAGUGUCAGACCAUCAAGAACCGUCCUCCACCUCCAAGGAGGCAUGACAGCUGAGCAGACGAUGGCUGUGUGUCCCUACAGCAGUAAAUCAGAGGAUGAGCGAUAGAGAGCACGGAGAAAGCAACGUUUCCACAACUCAGGAUCUGCUUGCAGAGCCAAACUGCCCCGGAGGAGAGCCUGCCACCUAGCAGGAGGCAGGUGGAAGCCCCAGUGUCCCUUUGGGUCAUAACGGUGGCUGUGUUUAUGUUCUUGCCUCAAGAACUUGUGGGUGAGGACACUAGAUAGGGAAGCUGCAUUAAAGCUCUUUUCUCCUGA